AGGCAUCUGCAAGAGAGCAAACAGGAUGCAGGGAACAGACGGUCAAAUGCGACACUCUGACAAACAGUAGCAGACUACGCUAGACGUUUAAUUAAUCUCAGCAGAAAAUUAUGUCUUGCAAAAUCUCGAAAGGCCCAUCGAAGAUGAUUGAUUAUUUUUUUUCACUGUUAGGCGUCAACACCAGUCUGGCGCCUGACGUCGGGAUGACGUGGAUUUCCAGGUGAGAUCAGGCGGGAGAGAAGGAGGAGCAAAAGAAGGCAUCUCUGGAUUUGAGAGCGCACGUCAUGGCAGGUCAGAGUGAAAAAGAAGUGAACUUUUCAUCGUAGUAUAAAGCUGGUGGAAGAACACGAAGCAUGCGAUCAUAAGGUGGAUCCGGAGGUGAUACAAGAAGAAGACUCGGAGCAGAGAGAUGGCACAGCAAGAAGAGCCUCUGUAUGAUUUCCCAGAGCCCACCCAACCAUCGGAACGCAAGCUAUUGCAUCAGAGGGGACAGGGAUCCCUGAAAAACAUCAGCGUGCUGGACCGUCUCCUGCUUACAGUUCCUGUCUGGCUCCAGCUAUCAAUCAACCCUGCCACAGCACUGCACAUACUGCAGAGGGAACCUCCUGGGACUUUCCUGGUGCGAAAGUCUCGCACGUCCCAAAGAAAUGUGCUCUGUGUGCGUUUGACGGAUGACAGUGUGCCAUCGUUUGUUCAGCAGUUUGGCAUCAGGGAGGAGCAAGGCACUCUGUCUCUGGAGACUUCAGCCAUCAGCUUUCCAGAUGUCCCCAAACUAAUUUCCUUUUACUGUGUCAGCAGAGAUGUGUUACCUUUCCCUUUGGAGCUUCCUGAAGCCAUAGCAAAGGCAACAUCGCACAAAGAGCUCGAGUCCAUCUCACAUAUGGGAAUAGAAUUUUGGAGUUCCCAUCUAAAUGUCCGUGGGCCACGGGAGAUACCUAAGCCCAGAAAAGCUGAGGAGAAGCAGCCAGAUGUUGCAACGUCAGCCUUGCCCAUGUCUGCACCACAGACGAGCUCUGCAGCUCCAUCUGACUCAGCGCCACAAUCAGACUCAGACAACCAGUUCAAAUCGGCACCUGAAUCAGACGCUGCCGCCCAGAAACCGGCUUUAAGGCCCACCUUGUUCCACGAGUUUUGUCCAAUCACGACUCGUAGUCCCUCAGAGCUGGAUUGUGGCUCUGGCCUGGGUGCUCUCUGUUUCAUCAACCCUCUUUUCUUGCAGUCUCAGAGCACUUUUUCCAGACGGCACAUUUUUAAACACAGCCACAAGGUUCGGGUUUCCACAGAGACUUCGACCAUGCUGUCACCCCCGAUUGAUCCACCACCUCCGCCACCUUUGAUACCAAAAAGCAAGGGGAGAUGUAAAGCCCAGAAAGGGGGACAAGAAACACUUCAGCUGAGUGAAGGCCAAGCUGCUCAGAUUUAUCCUCCAGCUAAAGACGCCCAACCCCGGCCUGUAAUGCAGAACAAUCCCAGCGAUGCUCAAGUGCAGCCUCCAUCAGCACCUCCUCACAUCCAGCUUGAAAUGCAGGAGCAGCAGAUGGAAGCAGGACAAAGUAAAGGAGUGAAAGAAGAGGAGGCUGCAGCUCAGCAUCUCCCAGAAGACUCAGACUACAUGAAACCCUCAGCAAUGAUCAGUUUCUCUAAUUGUGCCUCACUCUCUCCUUACAUGUCCCCAUCAGUUUCUCCCAUGCCACCUGCUCUUUUGCCCAAAAUGUCUCCAUCCCUGUUUCUUCAUGACUCUCCUGGUGUGUCUCCCUCUCUUUCACCUUAUCAUUCCCCUUCUUUAUCCCCCAAGGUUUCCACUUCUCUCUCUCCUAAUGACUCACCCAACCUUUCUCCCUCCCAUUCUCCUUAUCACUCCCCAUCUCUUUCUCCUAAGGUCCCCUACUCUCACUCUCCCUUCACUUCCCAGCACUCUCCACUGAUAGAACAAGCCAGCGAUACAUGUUCUACUCCUUCAACACCAGAUAAGCUGAGAACAGAUGGUGAAGCUGAAAAAAAGGAGGGAGCAGAAAUGAAUGAAAAUAUAGACAAAAAUGGAGAGACUAAAGAUCUGUACAAAAAGAGGGAAGAGGAGGAAAAUGACUUGGUGUUACAGAUGAAUGCUGCUACUGUAAAUGACACGGAGAGCUGCAGUUCCUUCAGCAGUCUUGAAGAAACAGCGGAGACUCAACCUCACCCACUCGACAAACAGGCCGAUGGUACAAGCAUCUAGCAAACAAACAUGUUAAACUGCCUCUCAAUUAGAUCAUCAUUAAUCAUUGGAAUCACUUAGCAUAGGAUAGGGUGACUUGACUGCCACCCUAUUUAUUUUAAUACAAUAAAACAACCUGAUGGGAUGCCAGUCGUUUCUUCACAAUGAUUGUGUGAACAAGUGAGCAAAUUCAUGAAAAUUGAACCUGUUAUGAUUCUGGCAGGAAAUAAAAAUACUACACAGAUCUUAUCAAAGACAUUUUUAUUUGUGUAGAUUCAACAGCAAAAUUCUUAUUUUGAGAGAUUUCUCAGCUCUCCAGAAAGAGCAACAACACUAAUCCAU